AUGGCAUCCAAAGAAGCCAUACACCGUGCUGAUUUGGCAGUUGGGAGAUGGUUUUACGACAGUUGCAUUCCAUUUAAUGCCAUAAAUUCUGCUUUUGCACAGAAAGUUGUUGAUGGGAUAGCUGCAAUUGGCCCUGGUUAUAAGUUGCCAUCCUAUCAUAAGUUGAGGGUUAAUAUUCUGCAAGAUUGUAAAGAGGAAUGCAAGCUAUUGAUAGAUUCAUAUAGAAGAUCUUGGAAAGAAAUUGGUUGCACACUCAUGGCAGAUGGAUGGACAGAUAACAGGAAUAGAACUUUGAUUAAUUUUCUUGUUUAUUGUCCAAGGGGCAUUUCAUUCUUGAAAUCUGUGGAUGCUUCUGAUAUCACUAAGGAUGUCAAAACAUUAUGUUCAUUAUUUUGCGAAGUUGUUGAAUGGGUUGGGCCAGAAAAUAUUGUACAACUUGUAACAGAUAAUGCUGCAAAUUAUAAAAAGGCAGGGGAAUUACUGCAUGAAAGGUUUGGUAACAUUUGUUGGUCUCCAUGUUCUGCUCAUUGUUUAAAUCUUAUUCUUAGAGAUUUUGGGAACAUGAAUCAUAUUAAAGAUCUUGCGAAAAGAGCUUCAAAAGUUACAGUUUUUGUCUACAAUCAUGUCUUUAUUCUAGCUUGGCUAAGAAAAAGAGAAAGUUGGAAAGAAAUUAUAAGGCCCGGAGCUACUAGAUUUGCUACAACUUUCAUAACUUUGAAAAGCUUAUAUGAACACAAGCUUGAUUUGCAGGCUUUCAUAACAAGCAAAGCUUUCUUUGAUUCAAAGCUCUCCAAAACAGUAAAAGGGCAAGAAGUCUCAUCGAUCAUUUUGGAUACAAAAUUUUGGAAUGACUGUUUGGUAAGUUCCAAAUUGACUGGGCCUUUAAUUCGAUUAUUGAGAAUUGUGGAUUCUGAUGAAAAACCAUCUAUGGGAUUUCUUUAUGAUGGAAUGUACAGAGCAAGGAAAGCAAUCAAGUUAAUGUUUAAAAAUUUCAAAAGGUUGUACAAACCUUACACAAGCAUUAUAAAGAGGAGAUGGGAUCGUCAACUAAGACAAGGCAUACAUUGUGCAGCUUACUUUCUAAAUCCACAUUUUCAAUAUGAUAAAGAGAAUUUUUGCAUGAAAUCUGAAGUGAUGCAAGGUUUAGUUGAAAUGAUUUGGGAAUAG